AUGGACCUCAUGCUCACAGCCGGCAUGCCCUGGCCCACGACCCUCUUCGUCAUCCUCAUCGACGAAUUCAUGAUCGUGACCGGCCUCGUCGGCGCCCUCGUCAAGUCCUCCUACAAAUGGGGCUACUUCACCUUCGGCUGCGCGGCACUCGUCUACAUCGUCUACCAGCUUGCCUGGGACGCGCGCAAGCACGCCAACGCUCUCGGCCACAACAUCGGGCGUACCUUCCUGUACUGCGGGUCUUUGACCGCGUUCCUGUGGAUCCUGUACCCGAUUGCUUGGGGUGUGUGCGAGGGCGGCAAUGUGAUUGCGCCGGAUUCUGAGGCGGUGUUCUACGGUAUCUUAGACUUGCUUGCGAAGCCGGUGUUCGGCGCCAUUCUGAUCUGGGGCCACCGUAACAUCGACCCGGCGUCGUUGGGUCUGAGGCUGGUGGAUUACACUGGUGAUGACCAUGCUGUCAACGGCCACGAGAAGAACCCAGCCAACGGCACCAACGGUCACCCCACCGACGCCACCAACGGCCACACCAACCAGGAGACCUCUGUCUAA